CUGAACUUGUAUUGAUCAAGUAUUGAACUUGUCAACGCGCGCCGUGAUAACUCAUUAAUCGUCUCCUUACGUGUAAUCUCGUGAUCAAGUGUCUUGUGAUCCCUUGUUUCAUCAUUAUCGAAUUCGGGAAGGAAGAGUGGCCACUCAAAGAAAACGUCUACAAAAUAAAGAGGGAAAUUCGCGACCCGGCACGUGGUGGAAGAAUCGCUGCUGCUCUGGUAAGUCCUCCUGUCUUAUUUCCUUACACCGGCUUCCUAAUUAAAAUAUUCACCUAGAUCCAGCGCAUACAUAUUUUUUGGUCACUUCGGCCAGGGAUAUCUAACUUAAUUAAAUUUGUUAAUUCUGUUAGUCGGCCGCCAUAUUAAAUUGUUAAUACUUAAUACGUUGGCUGUUUCACUGUUACUUACUUAACAUUACGUCAAUCAGUAGAUAUCUAAUUAACGAUGGCCACUUCUAAAUCACAAGAACAAAUAUUUGACCGUAAUUUACGUAGGUUAGAAAUUAAAGUAAAGGCCUACUUUACACGUAUGCAGGAUAUGUACGAUAGUAUUGCGAAGUUGGAUACUGCCGAUAAAAUAGACACAUUUUUGUCUAAGGCUAGUACGAUCGACAUUAUUCGAUCGGACUUUGUACGUACAUUAGACGAACGUAAUGAGUUGUUAGCUUCAGAAGUAAACGCUGGUGAGCCAAAUUAUGCAGCCAUGCUUGCUUUUGAAGACCUAUAUGCGUCUGUUAGAUUCAAAUACUCGCAGUUGUCAUCGCGUCCCAAUACACACAAUACCUGUGAAACCAAAAUGGCGUUUCACAAGUCAAGCCCAAAAUUACCGAGGCUUGAAUUAAUGUCUUUUAAUGGCGAAUUAGAAAAUUGGCCUAUAUUUUAUGAAACAUUCAAGUCAAGUAUUCACGAAAAUAUAGAACUAAAUGAUAGUGAGAAAAUUCAAUAUUUAAUGGGUAAAUUAACGGGAAAGGCAUUAACUAUUUGUCAGGGUUUUAUGCCAACGGCUGAAAACUAUUCGGUUCUCUGGCAGACAUUAAUUAAUAAAUAUAACGACAAACGCGUACUGGCUGCAUCGUACUUCGAUAAGCUGUUAAACUUACCUUCCGUUAACGAAGAUUGUUCUAAUAGUCUAGAUAACUUCAUAGAUAAAUAUUCAUCUCUAAUUAGUUCGUUAAAACAAUUAAAUUUAGAUAAUUUGGAAGAUUUUAUUUUUAUUCAUUUAGGUUCAAAAAAGGUUGGCUUAAAUAUUUUGAAAUCGUUUGAAAUGCAUCACGGUACUUCAGUUAAACUUCCAUCAUGUUCGCAAUUUAUAGACUUUAUUCGUAAUCAGUCACAUAUUUUACAACGAGCUAAUAAUAUUGUAGGUACGAGGCAGUCUAGUUACAAGUCGGUAAAGAAUAGUACGUCCUUUUCAACUUCUCGUCCCAAUAGUAAUAAUUAUAAUAAAAUUAGUAAGACUUUUGUUAUUAAAGAUCAAAACAAAUGCUAUUGCUGUGGUAAUACCGAACAUUUUCAGUUGCGGUUUUGUAAGAAAUUUAAUGCAUUAUCGCCCACGGAGCGUUUUGAUUUUAUUAAAUUAAAUAAAGGCUGUGUCAAUUGUCUAAGUAAAGAACACACAGUUCGUCACUGUACUUCUAAAUCGACGUGUACGCAAUGUUCACGGAGUCAUCAUUCACUUCUUCAUUUUACGUCUGAAUUAAAUCGCGAACCUCACUCGAAAAUACUGAGUGAACGGAUAACAAAUGCCAGCUUUGCCACUAAUGUUAGUUCAUCGCAAGCUGCGCAUGCGACGGCCGCAUCGCCACAAUCUAUUUCUUUGUGUGCCAUUAAUCCGAGCGCCGACGUACCGCGCGCACAAUCGCCUGGUCAUACUAUUCUACUCGGUACCGCGCAAUGUAACGUUAUUGAUUGCGCGGGAAAUAAAAACACCGUUCGGAUUUUAGUGGACAGCGCGUCGCAAAGGGAUUUAAUUACACUUAAUUGUUGUUGGUUGAAAGAACUGGGUUCCAUCAAACUGGGGGGCAUGUUUAGGCCAAAUAUGCCUAAAGGGUUUUUAUAAAUAGUGAAACAGUCACCGCAUUAAUUAAUUAAUUUACUAAUGAAUUAAAUAUUGUGGGUGCACAAAGAGUUGCACUAAUUCCUUCUCUUUCCUACCUGCACCCUAUCCCUCCCACUU